UCCUAGGCGAAUCGGAGCGCUCUGUGGGUGCGUCUGUAGAGGGCCUGCGUCUCGUGGUUUGGUUGUGAUGAUCUUCUCGGCCUCCGGGAUCGGAUCGUUUUGGCAGCACGUCUGAACCCCCCCCUCCCCUCCCCGAAAAGCGCCCCUUUCGGCCCUGAGAGCUGGAUGCGAGAGCGACAACCUCCCAGCCAUUCGGAUUAACUACUCUGGGAUUUACCCCACUUUUUACUACUUUUCCCCCCUUCUUGGAUGGCAUGGGUUUUUUCGCGACCCCCGAUCACGCACACUUGGAGUAAUUCGCUUUUUAAAGAAACACUAUCGUCUAACUUUACGGAAAGUGACCGAAAGCCGACAUGGAUCCAGCCAGCCAAGCAGGCGGCGGCGAGGACCCGAGCAAGCCGUCAAAGAGAAAGCCGACCGAGGACGACGGCAAGAACAAAAAGCUGAACAUCCACAUAAAAACACUGGCUGAUGAUAUGCGUGACCGGAUCACCAGUUUCCGGAAGACGGGCACGAAGAAGGAGAAGCCGCUGAUCCAGCACCCGACAGACCCGCAGUCGGCCCAGACUGAGAUGCCGGUGCCGCAGCCGCUGUUCGACGAUCGCUCCAUGAACCUGUCCGAGAAGGAGAUCGUGGACCUCUUUGAGAAGAUGAUGGAGGACAUGAACUUGAAUGAGGAGCGCAAGGCUCCCCUGCGUGGGAAGGACCUCAGCACCAAGCGGGAAAUGGUGGUCCAGUACAUCUCUGCCACUGCCAAAUCUAUAACCGGAAGCAAAGUUGCGGGCGGCCUAAGGAACAGCAAGCACGAGUGCACACUGUCGUCGCAGGAGUACGUCCACGAGCUGCGAUCUGGCAUCACCGAUGACAAGCUCUUCAACUGCCUAGAGUCCCUACGUGUGUCUCUCACCAGCAACCCCGUCAGCUGGGUGAAUAACUUUGGCCAUGAAGGCCUGGGCCUGCUGCUGGACGCACUGGAGAAGCUUCUGGAUAAAAAACAACAAGAGAGCAUCGACAAAAAGAACCAGCACAAGCUUAUCCAAUGUCUCAAGGCCUUCAUGAACAACAAGUAUGGCCUGCAAAAGAUCCUUGGGGAUGAGCGGAGCCUCCUGCUCUUGGCAAGAGCCAUCGACGUCAAGCAGACCAGCAUGAUGACGGAGAUCGUCAAGAUCCUGUCUGCCGUCUGCAUCGUGGGCGAGGAGAACAUCCUGGAUAAGAUCCUGGAGGCCAUGACGAUCGCGGCGGAAAGGAACAACCGAGAGCGCUUUGCCUGCAUUGUGGAGGGCCUGGAGAACCAUGAGGCACAGCAGCUGCAGGUGGCGUGCAUGCAGCUGAUCAACGCCCUGCUCACUUCCCCGGAUGACCUGGACUUCCGCAUCCACCUCCGCAAUGAGUUCCUGCGCUGCGGACUAAAGAAGAUCCUGCCGGAACUGAAGGAGACGGAGGAGUUGGACAUCCAGCUGAAGGUGUUCAACGAGAACAAGGACGAGGAUUUCCUGGAGCUGUCCCACCGACUGGAGGACAUCCGGGCCGAGAUGGACGACAUGAACGAAGUCUACCACCUGCUCUCCAACAUGGUGAAGGACACGGCCUCAGAGAACUACCUCCUGUCGAUCCUGCAGCACCUCCUGCUCAUCCGGAAUGACUACUACAUCAGGCCGCAAUACUACAAGAUCAUCGAGGAGUGUGUGGCUCAGGUAGUCCUGCACCGCAGCGGCAUGGACCCCGACUUCGGCUACCGGGAGCGGCUGGACGUGGACUUCACCCUCCUCGUCGAUCAGUGUGUGGAUAAGGCCAAAGUCGAGGAGAGUGAACAUAAGGCCCUGGAGUUUUCCAAGAAGUUCGAUGAGGAGUUCAGCGCCCGUCAGGAAGCUCAGGCUGAGCUCCGGAAGCAGGAGGAGAAGAUUAAGGAGAUGGAGGUGCAGAUCCAUGCUCUACAGACCCAGGCAGCGGCUGGAGCUGGAGUACCCCCCCCGCCUCCGCCCCCUGGUGGCUUGGCCCCACCCCCGCCUCCGCCCCCACCUCCACCACCCCCCGGGGGUUGUCCUCCUCCACCACCGCCGCCCCCCAUGCCUGCUGGGAUCCCUCCUCCUCCUCCGCCUCCACCAGGCUGCGGGCCGCCGCCUCCUCCACCUCCGCCUGGGGGAGGACCCCCUCCUCCACCCCCUUUUGGAGGUCCUGGAAUUCCACCACCUUUGGCUCCAGCCGUCGUCAAGCUACCUUACGGGCUGCUGCCCAAGAAGACCUACAAGCCGGAGGCGGUGAUGAAGAGGGUCAACUGGUCCAAGCUGCCUCUGCAGCUGGAGCAAACCGUCUUCAACAACGAAGAUGUUUAUUGCAGAGCAAUCUUCCUGGGCUCUUUCCGGCUUCCCUACGAGGAGAUCCGGGACAUCGUCCUGGAGGUGGAUGAGCAGCGACUCAGCGAGUCCCUGAUCCAGAACCUGAUGAAGAACCUUCCGGAGCAGAAGGAGCUGAAUGCGCUGGCGGAGCUGCGCGGAGAGUACGACACGCUGUGUGAACCUGAGCAGUUCGCCAUCGUGAUGAGCUCGGUAAAGAUGCUCCGCUCCCGCCUGAACGGCAUCCUCUUCAAGCUGACCUUCGAGGAGCAGGUGAACAACAUCCGGCCGGACAUCAUGAGCGUGACGCUGGCCUGCGAGGAGCUCAGGAAGAGCGACGGCUUCAGCCGGCUGCUGGAGAUGGUGCUGCUCAUGGGCAACUACAUGAACGCCGGAUCCCGCAACGCCCAGACCUUUGGCUUCAACGUCAGCUUCCUGUGCAAGCUUCGAGACACCAAGUCCAAUGAUCAAAACAGCACGCUGCUGCACUUCCUGGCUGAAAAAUGCGAGGAGAGGUACCCUGAGAUCCUGAAGUUUCCUGAAGACCUGCAGCACGUGGAGAGCGCCAGUAAAGUUUCGGCACAGACCCUGAAGGCGAGUCUGGACACCAUGGAACGUCACAUCGAGCGUCUGGAGAACGACAUCAAGAACUUCCCCAAGACAGAAGAUGCCCAGGAUAAGUUUGUGCAGAAGAUGACCGGCUUCUGCAAACAGGCGCGAGAGCAGUAUGAGAAGCUGUCCACCAUGCACAAGAUCAUGCUGAAGCUUUACGAGGAUCUGGGCAGCUACUUCGCCUUCGACGCACAUUCUGUCAGCAUCGAGGACUUCUUCGGGGACCUGGCCAACUUCCGCACCCUCUUUCUGGAAGCUGUUAAGGAGAACCACAAGAAGAGGGAGAUGGAGGAGAAGGUGAAACGGGCCAAGAUGGCUAAGGAGAAGGCGGAGCGGGAGAAGCUGGAGCGACAGCAGAAGAAGAAGCAGCUGAUUGAUAUGAACAAAGAUGUCUACACCCAAAACCAUCAUCUCCUGCUGUGUCAUCAUUACUCAGCAAACUGUCACGCAGAGAUUGCAGGAUCCAUCUGA